GCUGCCGCUUGUGGUUGUUGUUUUUUACGCAUGCGUGUCCUGUCAGGUGACGCACAGCUGCCUCCUGUGGGCUUUGCUAUAGGGCUCCGUCUUCCGAGGCGCCUGCUUUGUCACGGAGCCGGAACAAAGUACCGGGGCGGCGGCCUGACCGUAGGCGGGUCCCGGCUCAGCUUUAUUGCGGCCUUUGAGACUUCCGACAGGGAUUUUAAUCAUGUCUGAUAAAAGUGAACUGAAGGCGGAAUUGGAGCGCAAGAAGCAACGCUUGGCUCAAAUCAGAGAGGAGAAAAAGAGAAAAGAGGAAGAAAGAAAGAAAAAGGAAACAGAUCAGAAGAAAGAAGCACUUCCUGUACAAGAAGAGUCUGACCUUGAAAAGAAGAGAAGGGAAGCCGAAGCCUUGCUUCAAAGCAUGGGUUUAACCCCUGAGGCUCCUAUGGCUGUGCAACCUCUGCGACUAGUAACAGCGGAUACCUGUCUGUUUCACUAUUUAGUCCCUCCACCAAUGUCUCCAUCUUCCAAAUCCGUGAGCACGCCAAGUGAGGCUGGAAGCCAAGAUUCCGGGGAUGGUGCUGUUGGUUCCAGGACGCUGCAUUGGGAUACUGAUCCAUCAGUUCUUCAGCUCCAUUCUGAUUCCGAUCUGGGACGUGGGCCCAUUAAACUUGCCAUGUCAAAAAUUACCCAAGUUGACUUUCCUCCUCGAGAAACAGUCUCAUAUACAAAGGAGACGCAGACACCAGUUUUGACUCAACCAAAGGAAGAUGAGGACGAUGAAGAGGAUGCAGUGGUACAAAAACUGCCAGUCGAGCCUGAAGAGGAAAAAACCUUCAAAAAAGAGGAGGAGGAAGAAGCUGCCCCUCAUGAACUGACAGAAGAAGAAAAGCAACAAAUUUUGCAUACUGAAGAAUUUUUGAGCUUCUUUGACCAGUCUACUAGGAUUGUAGAAAGAGCUCUCUCUGAGCAAAUUAACAUUUUCUUUGACUACAGUGGGCGAGACUUAGAAGACAAAGAGGGGGAAAUUCAGGCAGGUGCUAAGCUGUCCUUAAACAGGCAAUUUUUUGACGAACGCUGGUCAAAGCAUCGGGUUGUGAGUUGCUUGGACUGGUCAUCUCAGUACCCAGAGUUGCUGGUUGCCUCCUAUAACAACAACGAAGAUGCUCCUCAUGAGCCUGAUGGGGUGGCCCUUGUUUGGAAUAUGAAAUAUAAAAAAACAACUCCCGAGUAUGUCUUCCACUGCCAGUCGGCUGUGAUGUCUGCUACGUUUGCAAAAUUUCAUCCCAAUUUGGUGGUUGGUGGCACAUAUUCAGGGCAAAUUGUGCUGUGGGACAACCGCAGCAAUAAGCGAACUCCAGUUCAGAGAACUCCCCUUUCAGCUGCUGCUCACACGCAUCCUGUGUACUGUGUGAAUGUGGUUGGGACUCAGAAUGCUCAUAACCUCAUCAGCAUCUCAACGGAUGGGAAGAUCUGCUCAUGGAGCCUGGACAUGCUUUCCCAGCCUCAGGAUAGCAUGGAGCUAGUCCAUAAGCAAUCCAAAGCUGUCGCUGUAACUUGCAUGUCUUUCCCUGUUGGAGACGUCAAUAACUUUGUUGUUGGAAGCGAAGAAGGCUCUGUGUACACAGCAUGUCGUCAUGGCAGCAAGGCUGGAAUCAGUGAGAUGUUUGAAGGUCAUCAGGGACCAAUUACAGGCAUCCAUUGCCAUGCUGCGGUCGGGCCUGUGGAUUUCUCCCAUCUGUUUGUCACAUCUUCUUUUGACUGGACUGUAAAGCUUUGGACAACUAAGAAUAACAAGCCCCUGUACUCAUUUGAAGACAACUCGGACUAUGUUUACGAUGUGAUGUGGUCGCCUACCCACCCUUCCCUCUUUGCUUGUGUGGAUGGAAUGGGCAGGCUGGACCUAUGGAAUCUCAACAACGACACAGAGGUGCCAACAGCGAGCAUCACCGUGGAAGGGAAUCCUGCUCUGAAUCGUGUGAGAUGGACUAAUUCAGGACGAGAAAUUGCCGUUGGAGAUUCUGACGGACAAAUAGUGAUCUAUGACGUGGGAGAGCAAAUUGCUGUUCCCCGAAAUGAUGAAUGGACCCGUUUUGGCCGAACCUUAGCAGAAAUCAAUGCCAAUAGGGCUGAUGCAGAAGAGGAGGCAGCAACUCGAAUUCCUUCUUAGAUACUAUCUAGGAGCGAAUCGGGGAGUAGACAAGAGCGGGCUUCAGGGUAGUAGCAUGUGUUAGCCUGCAGAGAAAAAUGAAAAUUAACAUGGCAAAUAAACAGUGGGUUUGACAUGCAUAUACCAAGACUGCUGAAAUAGAUCUUGCCAAUUUGCUUUUUACUCGCAAAAUCAUUCAGCCUUAAUCUGCCUGGUAUAACUUAUUACUUAAUCUUAACUUGGCAAGGAACACUAACAACAUUGUAUAUUUAAAAUUACUGGAGUUGUCCCAGUUUUCAGCAGCGUACAACUAUUUCUGAAAAAUUAAUUUAUGUUCAUUUCUACACAAGAGCCGUCCUCAGUUAAACUUGGCAGGCUGUUCAGUGAACUUUGAAAACAAGUUAGCGUUAUAGUACUCAAACUGCUUAAGUUAUGCAUGCAUCUGUUCACAGUAACCUUUAUCCUAAUUAUUAUACAAUAGGCUCCAGGCUACCGUGGUAGGUCAUGUAUGUGAAUAAAAAUAUGUGUCUCUUUUCAAAAUUGUUUAGCUAUAGAAACUUUCUACAACACUGCUAAGUACUUUGGAUUUUUUUUUUUGUUAAACCUGUGCAGUCUACAUAAAACUUCUUUAUAAAUAAACAUUACAUGACCUUUUUCUCACGA